CUGAUAUAUAUCGGCGAGUACUUCUGCGGAAUCGCCACCAACGACAUCGGCACAGAUCUCGGUCCCCGUGUAACGGUGAUGAACCCCAAGGGCAAAGUCCUGGCUAGGGUCGGGCGAGAGAGCUACGGCGACCAGUCGGGCCGGUUCUAUUCCCCUCACGGAAUAGCCGUGGACUCCAGGGGAGACCUGUAUGUGGCGGAGGUGUCGUGGACCGACUAUGGCCGGCACAUGGACCCACCUCGCGAGCUUCGUUCGAUGCAGAAACUGGUCAGGGUUCGCGAUUAG